ACUUAAUCUUAAAGCUAGUGGUGAUCACUUCUGCUGCUCUGGUUCUGACGGUGUUGAUGAGUCACGCAGGAAAUCUUCAUUCUCCAGAAAGCUACGCAGUUCAAGGACACGUCGAAAAUCAUGAAUUUUCACCAAGGAAGCAACAAAAUUUGAGUGUAAAGAACAGUGAUCUCUCAAACUCCUGGAAUUCUUGUCAAAACAAAAUUGACGAACUCGAACGACAGCUAGCAAGCAUUUCGAACGCCCUUGAGCGGCUGUGGUGUGCUACCAAAGAUGUAAUGAGCAACGGUGGAUUUUGCGUCACUGCUGACAGAAUCUACACGGGCGGCAAUGCUUAUUUUGACCCUGAAAUGUGUUAUUUUGUGGAAGUGUUGGUGGGCAACUCCUCGAUUGUUGACUUCGGUGCCGGUCUCGGCAAGUACGGCAUGUGUUUUCUGCGUAAAAGUCAAGCUGAAUAUCGACUGAACGAUAAACAACAAAAACAAAAAUACAUCACCGACAUAAAUAACGAUUUUCAUGACAUUCAAAAGAAGCCUCAAAUUGUAUAUUCAUGGCAUGGAUAUGACGGGGGCUUCGCCAUCGAGGAGGUGAGCGGCGGUUUCAUCGCACACGCCGACCUCAGCGAGGAGGGCCUCUGGCUCGGCAGGAAGUGGGACUGGGUGAUGAGCAUUGAAGUGGGGGAGCACAUCGAUCCUAAACAUGAAGGCCAUUUCCUGGAUAACCUCGUGCGGCAUGCCUGUGCAGGAAUAAUUCUGACGUGGGCUGUGGAAGGUCAACCCGGUCACUAUCACGUUAACAACCACAACAACGACUACAUCAAGCAGAAAAUGCGAGAUAGAGGCCUCAUUGUGGACGAAGAGGCCGAAAAACUUUUGAGACAAACGCUGAUGAAUCACUUGGCAAAAACUUCUAUGGUUUUUCGAAUUCCAAAACCGAAAUCAUGCCUAACUAAGUAAAAAUUUUAUUUUAACCUAACAUCAGUGUAAAUCAGUUGUAGGCUCCAGAGUCCCAUUGUAACAAUAUGUGUGUUUGAAAAUCUAUUUUUGUAAGUUAGCAGAGUAAACAAUUUUUCCAAUGGCUAAUAUGCAAACCUUUCUGGGUCAGCUGUUUCUUCAUUGGAGAAAUUUCUGAUGUGUUAUAAUACGAUGCAAAAUUUUCAGUGAUAAAUCAAGUUGACGUUAUCUUCAGUUGGAUUUUCAGAAUAACAACGAUCCGUUGCACCGACGAAUUCGUGAAAGGUUUCUUAAAGCCACAGAGGAAUUAAAAAUUCAUCAAUCUACUAAAUUCUGGACGUCAUCAUCAAAAUCUGAAAACAAACAAGAAAAAAUUUCGAUUGCUAACAGUAAAUCGUGCUCACAAGCUGCGAACACGAUUCGAAAAUUUUUCCUUUUGCUCAAAACAGCAGAUUAGGUUGCAUUCUAUGUGAUUUUAAAUAAAAUAUGCACAUUUUAGCUGUACCCACAUUUAAUCUUUUAGAGUAUAAUUCGACACACAAUCGAUAUUUGAGGCCUCAAUAGCUCAUCACUUUCGAGCAUUUUUAACUGUAUUGAAAUUAUGAUA